AUGGCCCGCAGGCAGGCGCGGGCAGCGGGCGGCGGGCGCUGGCUGCCCUGGCUGGGGCUCGCCCUGCUGCCGCUGGCCGUGCCCCCCGCCGCCGCCCCCGGGGGCUGCCCCUCCGCCUGCUACUGCGUGGCCACCCCAGAGCUGGUCACAUGCCGCUACGAGCGGCUGGAGGAGCCCCCGAGGGAGCUGCCGGCCGCCGUCCACAACCUCAGCAUCGCCGGCAGCAACCUGAGCAUCCUGCCCCGCGCCGCCUUCGCCGCCCGCCCGCUGCGCGACCUCCGCCUGCUCCGCCUGCGCCACGACAACAUCCACACCAUCGAGGACAUGGCCCUGCAGGGCCUGCCCGCCCUGCGCACCCUCGACCUGAGCCACAACCCGCUGCUCUCGGUGGCCGCGGGGGCCUUCGCCGGGGUCCCGCUGCUGCGCACGCUGCAGCUCAACCAGGCUCUGCUGGCGGCCCCGCUCGAGGAGCAGCUCGCCCUGGCCAUGCAGAACCUCACCCUGCGGCGCCUGGAGCUGGCGGGCAACGCUCUGCAGGCGCUGCCGGCCUCCCUUCUUCCCCCCGGGCUGGAGGAGCUGGACCUGCGGAACAACUCCCUGCAGCGGCUGGCGGCCGCCGAGCUCCGCAGCCUGGAGGCGCCGGAGCUGCGGGGGCUGCGGCUCAACCUGGGGGCCAACCCGCUGAGCUGCGACUGUGCCCUGCGGCCCUUCCUGGCCUGGCUGCGCUCCGCGGGCUCCCGGGUGCUCGACGCCCGCAGCCUGCGCUGCGCGGGGCCCCCUGCCCUGCGCGGGGCCGCGCUGCUCCGCCUGCGGCCCGAGGGGCUGGUGUGCGCGGCCAGCGAGGGCGGCGAGCCCGGCCAGCUGGAGACGGCCUCCUACGUCUUCUUCGGCAUCGUCCUGGCGCUCAUCGGCAUCGUCUUCCUCAUGGUGCUCUACCUGAACCGCCGCGGCAUCAAGCGCUGGCUGCACAACCUGCGCGAGGCUUGCCGCGACCAGAUGGAGGGCUACCACUACCGCUACGAGCAGGACGCCGACCCGCGCUGCGCCAGCACCGUGGGCACCCCCGGCCUCUGACGGCGCCCUCGGCAUCACCCGCCGUGCCCCUCGACGCCUCCCCGCUCCCGACAUCCACACCUCGCGCCGGCCCCGUCCGCCCCCUCGCCGUGGCACCGCCGAUAAUUAGUCUCUGAGGACGUGCCGGGAGCGGGUGCAGAGCGGGGUGACCCUCCCUGCAGGGCUCCCCCUGCCCGUGCCCCCACCGUAGCGCUGAUUCCCGCAGGGGACCAGGCUGGAUCCAUCCCCCCGCUUCCCUCCCCAUCGCAGUGCCCGCGGGCAGGGGAAGCACACCGGGAUGGGCCCCGCGGGGUGCUGGCGCGCCGCAAGGCCCCGGUGCUCCCGGGGGGAUUCGGAGCCCCUUCCCACACCUGCUCUCCGGCGGCGGGUUUUCCCGGGCGGCCCGAGGGAUUCCAGGAUGCCGGCGGGAAUCGGCGCUGCGCGCACCUGAGUGUUUGCUUGGAGCGUCCAGGCGACACCCGAAACUGUCCUCCUGGAUGUUCCUGGAGCCUGGACUUGACUUUGACCAUGUACAGCUCUCUUUCCUAUUAGAUUUCUAUAUGACAGAUGCGAAGUUCAACUCGAUUUCUUCUUUUUAUUUUAAUUUUUUUUUCCCCUUUCGCUCCAAAGAGGAAAGCACACCGUCCAGCCGCCCGCCGCCCCCGCGAAGCGACGUGCUUUGCCGAGCCCCUUUAUCCAUUUAGUUUCGUUCCAUGACAUUUCCAGCUCGUUCCAGGCACAAAACGAUGCAGCUGCGUAGGAAACGCCUCCGUUUGCUGCGUGCAUGUUCCCCGGGGCACUUUUCUGACUCUGAAAUCUAUCGUAGACUCGGCUGUCUCGGCACUUUGUAAUUUAAAACGAGCGGAGCAGAAGCUCCCGUCCUAAUUCCCCCCGCCCGUGUUUGCUUUAGUGCCUGUUACUAUAUCCUAGAGCAAAUAUAUUGAAAGCUGCACCCA